GUCAUUUGUGCAGUUGCGUGAACGACUUGUCAUUUGUGCAGUUGCGUGGUUACAUAUUCGUUUUAAAGACAUUGCUGAAAAUGUCGAGAAUCCAGAUGUUGAGGCUGAUCGUCCAGCAGCGUCUGACUGAUGCUGCUGAGGAAAUCUUUGGAGUGUUUGAAAAAACUGUUGAGAAAUAUGAAGAAGAGAUAGAUCGCCAACGCAGGCUGCUGUCACAUGUCUUCACGAAUGAGAGCAACAAAACAGAUCCUCCACAGCUGUUUGACUAUAAAAAGAAAGUUCCCUCAGAGCAGCAUGAGUGGACAGCCAAUCUGGGCCAGGAGGAACUAGAACCCCCACACAUUAAAGAAGAACAGGAGGAACUCUGGACUAGUCAGGAGGAAGGGCAGCUUCAAAGAAUAGAGGAGGCUGAUAACACCAAGUUACCAUUCCCUCCUGUCCCUGUGAACAGUGAAAACAAUGAAGGGAAACCUCACUCCUCACAGCUUCAUCAAAGCCAAACUGAGGAGAACAAACAGGCAGAGCCUUCAGCCAGCUCUUCAACUGAACAGAUGAAAACAGAACCUUAUGGAGAGGACUUUGGUCUGUCAGAACUACCCAGUAAUCUAGAUUGGGAUGGUGAUUUUCACCCAAGUAGUGAUGGUGAGCCCCUCCCUUCAGACUAUUAUGAAAGUGAGACUGAAGAAGACAGUAAUGAUGACUUGAACAAAACAAGAGAACCUCAUUCUGGUCUGGAUUCAAAACAUAACAAUGAGAUAAGUCACCAGAGAUCUAUUAAGAAAAAAUCAGUUAUUUGCUCGGUCUGUGGUAAAUGGUUUAAUCAAAGACAUAUGCAGAGACACAUGAGAACACAUACAGGAGAGAAACCGUUUAGUUGCUCAGUCUGUGGUAAUGCGUUUUCUCAAAGAGGAGACAUGCUAAGACACAUGAGAAUACAUACAGGGGAGAAACCAUUCAGUUGCACAAUCUGUGGUAAAGAGUUUUCUCAAAGAGGAAAAAUCCAACCACACAUGAGAACACAUACUGGAGAGAAGCCCUUUAGUUGCUCAGUCUGUGGUAAAAGGUUUGCAAAAAGAGGAAAUGUGAAGGCACACAUGAGAAUACAUACAGGAGAAAAACCAUUUACUUGCUCAGUCUGUGGUAAAGGGUUUUCUCAAAGAAGAGAUGCAGAGACACAUAAGAAUACAUGCAAGAGAGAAACCCUUUAGUGACUAAGUCUUCUGAAGAUCUUAGCCAUAAGUGCAGAGUAAAAGCAUGACAUCUCAUAGUGAACAAAAAAUUGAUUGCUCAGCUUGUGAAAAAAAAAUUGUGGUUAAGCCAGCAUCAUUCAUGUAAUUUAAAGAUACUUUAUUUUCAAUCCAAUAAAAAAUAUAUUUUUAUUAAAGAUACUUUAUUUUCA